AUGGAUUUUAUCAAGUCGAUACUGCCGCCCGGGAAGGGUAUCCUGCCCUAUUACAUGCUAAUUCUCUCCGUCGUGUCGAUCGGCAACUCGCUGCAGGCGUACCUGACGCUGCACUUUUCGCGGCGCGUCUACAACGGCCGCUUCGUGCCCAACCCGGCGCUCAGCAAGACCUCGACAGACGGCCGCGACCCCGAGGACCGAACCGACAAGCUCGUGCCCGCGCGCAACCCGCAGGACCCCAAGGCGGCCGACCAGCUGACGCCGCUCGCCGGCCGGCUCUUUGGCACCUGGACGCUCAUCACCUGCAUCGUCCGCUGCUACGCCGCGUACCACCUGCACAUCGGCCCCGUCUACAACAUUGCCAUCUGGACGUACGUCGUCGCGCUGGGGCACUUUGCCAGCGAGCUGUUUAUCUUCAAGAGCAUGUCGUUUGGCGUGCCGCAGCUUUUCCCCUUUUGCUUGGCGACCGCGGCGCUUAUCUGGAUGCCCACGGUCCGCGAAUACUAUGUAGAGUUUAACUAG